GGCAUGGCCGGCUUGGAGCUCCUCUACCACUCGGUGGCCGCGGAGGUGGCGUGCGCGCAGGACGCCCUCGUCUGCUACCUGCACUGGAGCCUCAUCGCCCACCGCUACCGCUGCCUGGGCAUCGGAGACCAGGCGGGCCCAGAUGAGAAGAAGUCAGAAAUGCUUCCUCCUGGGUGGAAUGCCGACAAAGACCUCUAUACUCUGCGCUACGUUUCGAAGGACGAUGCCCACCAGUUGCUGGUGAAGGGUAUAAUGAUGGAUGGCAGCAUGAUCCUCAACGUCCUGGAUCCCAAGACAAAGCAAGUGGGUGAUUUGACUGUGAAAGUGACCGACUAUGUCAAUGCAGAUCACCUGGGGACAUUCGACAAGGUGUAUAAGAACACAGAAGAGCUGCAGUCACAGGUUGUUCAUCACAUCAUCUCCCUGUUCGACACCGCCAAAGAGCAGGCUGACCCCAAGGAAGCGCCCAGACGGGAGAAGAACCCCUCUCCCCCCAACCCCCCUGAUCACGACCCACUGUGGAUCCCGCCUCGGCAGCCGCACGGCAGCCGGCAGCCCCACUGGCCGGACCCUCUGGGACCCUUUGCUGUCGGUGGAGAAGACCUGGACCCCUUUGGGGGCCGAAGAGGAGGGAUGAUCUCGGAUCCGCUCCGAUCAGGAUUCCCAAACCCCGCCAUUGACCCUUCCACCGGACUCCCCCACAGACUUCCUCCUGGAGCUGUCCCUCCUGGGGCCAGAUUUGAUCCUUUUGGCCCCCCCGGGGCUGGCCGGGCUGGGCCGAAUCCGGACCACUUUCCACCUCCAGACUACGACGACAUGUUCAUGUGAGGAUGGCUGAAGAUCCU